AGCCAGCCAGGAUUUGCAUCUUAACCGGGGUUCGUUAACCAGAGUUAAAGAAGAACUUUCCCAGAGAAGGACGACAAACAUAUAUACAACACAUCAGAGAACACGGAUUGAGCUAUAAAGAGGGUGUGUGUGAGAGAGUGGGGGUUUGCUUGGCUUGAGGAAGAGGUUGCAGAGGACCGCCACUCCGAUCCAACUCUCUAGCCGUUUCAGCCUUCUGAUUCGGAUUGCUUUGCGCCUUUGAAUCGCUCGACAAACGUUUCGCGUCCGUUUCAGGAGUCGUCGCCGUCGUCUCACAGAUCUCGCAGUCUGAUUGCCUUUUCUGCUUCCUCUGCAUCAUAAGACGAAUCUGUGGAAGUUCUGGUUGAGCUUAAUUCUCGGUCUCCAUGAGUGUGCUAGGUUCUGUUAUUCGUCUUGAGAUGGGAUUGGUUUAGAUUUCAAUUUACCCAUUAAUGAUUUUUUGGGUGUUCUACUUUUUCCUUGUUCAAUUGCAAUUGGCUUCCGAGUUUGGCGCCUGCCUGAGAGAGAGAAAGAAGCUCUCUUCUGCCGCCAUCUCUGUUGCCGCCUGUGACUGUCACUGGUCUUUCUCUUCCUUUCAUGUCGCCUAACUUGGAUAGCCCUGUUCAGACACAGAUGGCUGUGGCAGUGUUCAACCCCACACUCAGUGGGAACCAGAGGAUGGAGGGAAAACCAGUGGGGAGGAGACGUGUUUUUGUGCAAACUGAAACUGGUUGUGUAUUGGGGAUGGAGUUGGAUCGGAGUGAUAAUGCACACACAGUGAAAAGGAGGUUGCAACUGGCCCUUAAUGUACCUACUGAAGAGAGCUCGUUGACAUUUGGUGAUAUGGUGUUGAAAAAUGACCUUAGUGCCAUUCGAAAUGAUUCCCCUCUUCUUCUAACGCGGAACUUGAUGCAUAGAAGCUCGUCAACUCCUUGUCUUUCACCAACUGGGAGGGAAAUCCAGCAGAGAGAUCGAAGCGGCCCUAUUGAGAUAUUAGGGAACUCUGAUCGUUUUUCUAGAACUAAGCAACUUGUCAAGGAAAUUGUCAAGGCAAUGAAGACUGGAGUUGAGCCACUACCUGUUCACAGUGGGCUUGGCGGUGCUUAUUAUUUCAGAAACAACAGAGGUGAGAGUGUUGCCAUUGUGAAACCAACAGAUGAAGAACCUUUUGCUCCAAACAAUCCGAAAGGUUUUGUGGGUAAAGCCCUUGGUCAACCAGGGCUGAAGCGGUCUGUGCGGGUUGGGGAAACUGGAUUCAGAGAAGUCGCAGCCUAUCUUCUUGACUAUGAGCAUUUUGCUAAUGUACCUGCAACUGCCCUAGUGAAGAUCACUCACUCAGUGUUCAAUGUGAAUGAAUGCGUAAAUGGAAACAAGCCUCAUAACAAGAAGCUUGUUAGCAAGAUUGCAUCAUUCCAACAAUUCAUUCCUCAUGAUUUUGAUGCCAGUGACCAUGGAACUUCAAGCUUUCCAGUGGCAGCUGUUCAUCGAAUUGGGAUAUUGGACAUUAGGAUCUUUAACACAGAUAGGCAUGCAGGUAAUCUCUUAGUAAAGAAGCUAGAUGGUGUUGGGAGGUUUGGCCAAGUGGAACUUAUUCCAAUUGAUCAUGGUCUUUGCCUCCCAGAAAGUUUGGAGGACCCAUACUUUGAGUGGAUCCAUUGGCCUCAGGCUUCAAUUCCUUUUUCAGAGGACGAACUUGAGUACAUAGAAAAUCUUGAACCUACACAGGAUGUUGAUAUGCUCCGAAGGGAGCUUCCCAUGAUUCGAGAGGCUUGCCUACGGGUUCUGGUUCUCUGCACAAAUUUCCUUAAGGAAGCUGCUAAAUUUGGGCUCUGCCUUGCUGAGAUUGGGGAAAUGAUGAGCAGGGAAUUUCGAUCUAGUGAAGAGGAACCCAGUGAGCUGGAGGUCAUAUGCAUGGAGGCGAAGAAGCUGAUGGCUGAGAGGGAAGUCUCAUCCCCCAAGGCUGAUGCUGUAGAUGAGGAGUUCCAGUUUGACAUUGACUGUGAAGAAUCUGAGUUCGAGUUUAUUCCAAAAAUGGCACCAGAUGACUUCUUGUCUAGAUCACCAUUCAGCUUUGGAUUGGUAGGUGGCAAUGGCCGGUUUCCGCUUUCUAAACUGGAGGAAAGCAUGGAGGAGGAGGAGGAAGAAAGUGAAGGUGAAGAAGAGAAAGGAGCUCCCGGUCGCGCACUGCUUGAAAAGAUCCCACCUGUUUCAAAGCUGUGGAUGUCCCUCAAGAAUACCAGUUUAGGUGAGAGCAAGAAGCAUCUGAAAUUCCCAGGAACAAAGUUAGAGAAUGGCUAUGUGGCGAGUUCAUCUUCUGGGCACAGGAGCGCGAGUGAGCAGCUCCCUGCCAGUGUAAUCUUCGUUAACCUUGCAGACAUGAACGAGGAAGGGUGGUUUCUGUUCUUAGAGAAGUUCCGGGAGCUGUUGUACCCAGCUUUUGCCAAGCGCAAGUCUGUGACUGCUGGUCAGAGGCAAAGACAGAGGCUUGGGACUUCCUGCCAGUUUUGACGGGUUAUUGCUAGAAGAGGACUGAAGAAUGAAGGGGAAUAAGACUGCAGGUUUGUGGGAGUGAAGUACCUUAGGGUAGGAGCUUUGGUUUAAUGAAUUUUCUCCCCGGAAGUUGUUGUAGUUUGGAGAAACAAGUUAGGAUGAAGUGCUGUAAAUAUUCUCAAGGCACUGACUGAUAAGGCUGAGUUGUAGGAUUGCUUUUGUUUUUCUUUUCUUUUUGGUUUUUUUCUCGUGUUUUCAUUUGUUUUUUCUUUCACUCCAUAUGGACUUGUGUGAUAAAUAAUGCUUGAAUGAAAAAUCCCAAAAGGAAAAAAAAAUUUAUGUAAA